AUGAUUGCAAGAGGCAACAAUAAGAUGGUUCUAAACGUUGAGAUAAUCUCAAAGGAAAUGGUUAAACCAUCAUCUCCAACACCCCUUAACCUUAGAAACCACAAGCUAUCCUUCUUAGACCAGCUUGCACCACCAGUUUACGUUCCUCUCAUUUUCUUCUACCCUUCUGAUCAGUUGGGCUGUGAGAUUGAUCAUCGUGCCAAAAACUCUCUCUCCCUGAAACAAUCUUUAUCAAACACCUUGACCCAGUUUUACCCACUAGCAGGAAGGAUCAAAGACAACCUUUUUGUUGAUUGUGAUGAUACUGGAGUUGAGUUCAUUGAGGCCCAAGUUCAUUCUCAACUCUCCAAAGUUAUUGAAAAACCCAACAUGGAAGAACUGAAACAGUAUCUCCCUGUAGAGCCAUAUAGCAGUGGGAUUGGCAUGGUGAGGAAGAUACUUUUAGCCAUUCAAAUCAACUUUUUUGAGUGUGGUGGGAUGGCCAUUGGAGUGUGCAUGUCUCACCAGAUAGCGGAUGGGUCUUCGUUGGUCUCAUUCAUCAAUUCAUGGGCUGCAAUAUCUCGUGGGGAUACCAAGAUUUUGAGCCCUAAUUUUGAUAUGGCGGCCCACUUCCCACCCAGAGAUUUAUUAGGGUUUAGACCAACCACAGGCAUCACCAAAGAGAAGAUUGUGACAAGAAGGUUCGUGUUCGAUAAUUCACAGUUAGCUGCACUUAAAGAAGCUGCGUCAUCGGCGUUUGGAUCACAAGUAAAGGACCCAACUCGUGUAGAAGCCAUCUCAGCUUUCAUCUGGAGGCAUUUCAUGGAGGUUGCCAAAGUUAAAAUGGAUACUAGAAAGAUUUUCGGUUCAAUCCAUGCAGUGAAUUUGAGACCCAAAAUGAACCCACCACUUCCAGAUCAUGCCUUUGGAAACCUCUGGAGGGUGGCGCUUGCACUGUUGCUGCCGCCGGACGGUGCCGGAGAUUAUCAUGAUCUGGUUACCCAACUAAGGAACGCGAUAAGGAAAAUCAACAGUGAUUACGUGAAGAAACUACAAACCGGAGAUGAGUACUUGGAGUUUCUCAAUAGAUCAACAGAACAAUUUUCAAAAGGAGACGUGGAGUUUUGUAAUUUCAGCAGUUGGUGUAGGUUUCCUGUGUACGAGGUGGACUAUGGUUGGGGCAAACCUGUUUGGGUCUGUACCACCACCAUGCCUUUUAAGAAUGUGGUGAUCUUGAUGAGUACGAGGUCUGGGGAUGGAAUAGAAGCUUGGGUGAACAUGGUUGAAGACGACAUGGUGAUGCUUGAGCAAGAUCACAAGCUUCUUUCUGCCAAUAAUUUCGCUGCCUGAAACCCGAGAAAGUUUUGUGUGGGUUUAAGACACCACAUGACAGAGUUAUAUGGUGUAUUACGCGCACCCUGUUGGUGAUUCUUCAAUUAGGAAAUUUUAGGCAUAGGUCAAUAUUUCAUAUUUUCUGAAGUGUUCAUGUAUCUAUCUCUAUGUUCAGUAUAAUGGAGAACAGCACAAACCUGCAUGUUCUUAAUAUUUCUUUCUUCCUCUUCCUCUUCCUCU